AUGUGUACUAGAGAGAUUAUUAACAACAGUAGUGCUUUUUAUCGAAGGAUAGGAGCCUGUAGACAUGGAAACAAGUGUGUCAAAGAACACAUCCACCCAACAAGUUCUUAUUGCGUAGUUCUCCGCAACUUCUUUGACUUUUCUUUGCUGAAGGUGGCAAAUGAGGGUACUGAAGUUGCAGAUGAGGGGGACAAGCAGAAGCAGCAGCUCAGUGGUGACAAAAAGAAUGAGCAGAACAACGGCACAGAAAAAGUAAAUCAAGAUACAUCUACAAAAGAUUCCACAAGUCCACAAAACAGUGAGCCUGAACGGAAUGACCCAUAUACCAAGUUGAAAGAAAUUUCCGAAAGUGAGCGGUUUAAUAAGCUCCUACAAGACAUAUUUGUUGAAUUGUCCCUCAAUUAUGGAUUUAUUGAAGACAUUGUCAUUUGUGAAAAUAACAACGUCCACCUCAAAGGAAACGUUUACAUUAAAUUCAGCACCAAAGAAUCUGCGGCCAACUGUAAUCAAGAGCUAAAUAACAGAUGGUACAACGGACGACCGAUCUAUUCUGAACUGUCCCCAGUUAGAAGUUUUGAAGAGGCAACUUGUCGAAAACACGAUUUCGGACGCUGUGAGCGUGGUGACAUGUGUAACUAUAUGCACAUAAAACGGGCACCACCAACAGUUACGAACAACCUGUUUGAUUCUCAGCUAGUUUACUACGACCAACAAGCCUAG